ACGAUGUGAGCCUGCAUUCCUCCACAACGCAGCCCGCAUUUCAGCGAAAUGGCAACCGGUACGAAGGGGGGCGCGAAAGGCGGCGCAAAGGCGCAAAAGAAGCGUCCGUCAAACCCAGAAUCUCGGACUCUGAAGAGAAAGCGGGAACAAGAAAACUUGGGAAAAUUGCAACAGAGUGUCGAUGAGCUGGAUCUGAAAUCCACCGAGAUCAAGAACUUCGCCGACCUUCCCCUCUCAGUCCCCACCGCAUCCGGUCUACGGGCCUCCCAUUUCGAGGUCCUGACCGACAUCCAAUCCCGCGCCAUCCCCCUUGCCCUGAAGGGCCGCGACAUCCUCGGCGCCGCCAAGACGGGCAGCGGUAAGACGCUGGCCUUCCUCAUCCCCGUCCUCGAGAAGCUCUACCGCGAACAAUGGACCGAAUAUGACGGGCUCGGCGCCCUCAUCAUCUCGCCCACCCGCGAGCUGGCCGUGCAGAUCUUCGAGGUGCUGCGCAAAAUUGGCCGCAACCACUCCUUCUCGGCCGGUCUGGUCAUUGGCGGCAAGAAUCUGCGCGAGGAGGCCGAGCGACUGGGGAGGAUGAAUAUCCUGGUGUGCACCCCGGGCCGCAUGUUGCAGCACCUGGACCAGACGGCGAGGUUCGACGUCGACAACCUGCAGGUGCUGGUACUGGAUGAGGCAGACCGCAUCAUGGAUAUGGGGUUUCAGUCGGCGGUGGACGCCUUGGUGGAGCACUUGCCCAAGAACAGGCAGACGAUGCUGUUCAGCGCGACGCAGAGCAAGAAGGUGUCCGACCUGGCGAGGCUGAGUCUGAAAGAUCCCGAGUACGUCUCGGUCCACGAGGCCGCUGCUUCGGCGACCCCGAGUACCUUGCAGCAACAUUAUAUCAUCACGCCGCUGCCAGAGAAGGUCGACACGCUGUUUGGGUUCAUCAAGACCAAUCUUAAAAGCAAGAUCAUUGUCUUCCUGUCGUCCGGAAAGCAGGUGCGGUUCGUCUACGAAAGUUUCAGGAACCUACAACCGGGUAUCCCACUGCUGCACCUGCACGGGCGGCAAAAACAAGUUGCGAGACUCGAAAUCACGAGGAGAUUUGCUGCCUCCAAGAAUGCGUGCCUCUUCGCCACCGACGUGGUUGCGCGCGGUGUCGACUUCCCCGCCGUGGACUGGGUCAUCCAGGCGGACUGCCCCGAAGAUGCCGACACGUACAUUCACAGGGUGGGCCGGACAGCGCGUUACGAGAGCAACGGGCGUGCCGUCUUGUUCCUUGACCCGAGCGAGGAGGAGGGCAUGCUGAAGAGACUGCAGCAGAAGAAGGUGCCCAUACUGAAGCUCAAUGUCCGGGAGAAUAAGAAGAAGAGCAUAACGGACCAGCUGCAGAGCCUGUGCUUCCAGCGUCCGGAUCUGAAGUAUCUCGCACAGAAGGCCUUCAUGAGUUAUACACGAUCGGUGCAUUUACAGAAGGACAAGGAGGUCUUCAAAUUCAAUGAGCUCGAUCUGGAUGGAUUCGCGGCGAAACUUGGCCUGCCGGGCACGCCCCAGAUCAAGUUCCAGAGGGGCGAGGAUAUCAAGCGGUUAAAGAACGCCUCGCGGGCAGCUAUGUCUAGCGGCUCGGACACGGACUCGGACGGUGAGAAGGGCAAGUUGAAGAAGAAAGACGAGGUCCGCACCAAAUUCGAGAAGAUGGAGGGCAGGACCAACCAGGACGUGCUGUCAAGCCACUACAGGAAGCUCAUCGGCGAUGCCGAGGACGACAAUGACGAAGACGACCAGGACUUCCUCUCCGUGAAGCGCGUCCUCGACGACGACGACCUGGACGAGGCCGCCCGGGCCGAGCGGGCCGCGGCCCCCAAGGUCAUCAACCUCGGGUCCCAGGAGUUCAUCGUCGACUCCAACCGGCGCGAGAAGCUGCUCACGUCGCGCAAGAAGCUCCUCAAGUUCCGCGGCGCCGGCACCAAGACCGUCUUCGACGACGACGGCAACCCGCACGCCCUGUACGAGUUUGGCGACGACGACGAGUUCCGCGACCGGGCGCCCGCCGAGAGGCUGCGCGAGCGCUUCGUCGAGGCUGAGGCCGCGCGCGCCCGCGAGGCCGACGUCGAGGACAAGCAGCUCGCCAAGGAGAGGCGCAGGGAGAGGCGCGACAAGCGCAAGGAGCGCGAGAGGGAGGAGGAGGCAGCCACGCGCCGCGGCGGAGCGCCGCGCCCCGCGGAGCUCGCCGGGGCCGACGAUGCCGCGGAGCAGGAUCCGCUGGCGCUCCUGCGGUCCUUGCCGGUGGCGGGUGGCGCGUCGGAGGAGGAGGAGGAGGAGGAAGGGGAUGGCAGCGAGGGUGAGGAGACGCGGCCGAGGAAGAAGGCCAAGAAGUGGUUCCAGGACGACUCGGAUGAUGAGACUAGGGCGAAGAAGAAGGGAGGAUCUAGGGUUAUCGAUAUGGAUCGCGAGCCGGAUACGCUGGAGGAUCUCGAGGCUCUGGCAACGGGCCUGCUGGACGACUGAGCUUGGUGUCUAGACAUGUCUUUUUCUAUCUAGGUAGUAUAUCGGUGUCUUGGUUGCCUCGUGUAGUCAUAAAUACCCUGGGGAGAACAGUAGGGAGACUUAGAAAAUGCCCCCGGUAAUGGAACUACGUGGCAAGACAAGCCCAUGUGAGGUCAAUACUUGGUUUUGCAGAAGUAAACACUUGAUGCUUCAUCAUCGAGCCUAUCAUACAACUCAGCG